UCAACUGUCAAGCUAAAUUGUGAAAGUUGUUUGUGGCUAUUCUUAGAUCACAUUUUCAAACUCUCGAUUUUUUGCUAAUAAUCUCCGAAUUUCAUGUGCUAAAAAUAAGAUAAUGCACAGAUGUGGUUCAGUGACCAAGCGGUGUGAUAAUGAGUGUUUAAUUUCAUGAGCUUGUAAUGUAAAAAUCAAGACAAACAUGGGCGGCCACGGACGCUACUUGUUGUUAUUGUUGUUUAUCACGGUGUUAAUUAAAUUUUCGUACUCAUUACCGUAUGAUGUCCACUGGCUAGGGGGCCCCACAACAAUAGAGAGAGAUGUGCCCUCCCCUAAGAAACAAACUGUAGACAUCUAUUGCUACAGGGGAACUUCCAGAAAUCUGUUUGCUAUAUGGCAAACUGUGAAGUUUAACAUAAAAAUAAAGAACAAUGAGUUCAGUCAGUACAUCGGUGAGUCUCCAGCGGAUGUGUACAAGGAGUUCUCGGAGGACAGCUACGGCUGGUCCUCCGUGGUCAAUCCAUUCCAGAAGAAACCACAGAAGUCUGUGUCUAUCAACCUCUUCACUCCUACGUGUAUGGCUAUCAACACGAGAGAGAGGCACACUAUUGAAUUACAGGUUUUGAGAGUAGACCUAUGGCGUGUGAUGUUGAUGGCGGCGGGUUUGGUGCUGAUAUUCUCGUCGCGCGCCCUCUGCGGGAACCCCGUGUUCUUCUACCUGUGCGGGAUAUUUGUCGGAGUGUUCGCUUCCUUCAUGGUGCUUGUGUACUACAUUAGCAAGUUGUUGCCUAGAAAAACUUUAACAUACGGCAUCUUAAUCGGCGGUUGGACGGUAGGCGUGUACCUAUUCCAACAAGUAUGGGAGAACAUUCGCACGCUGGUGCUGACGUACCAAACGUACAUGUUCUGGUACACCAUGAUCAUCAGCUUCGUCAGCUUCCUCGUCUGCUACAGAAUAGGACCGCCCAAGAAUCAGAGAAGCAAGAACUUGGUUAUGUGGACUUUACAGUGUGUAGGAGUGCUGAUGAUAUUCUUCAGUUCUGAGUACCAAGAGGCUUCAGCCGCUGUCAUCAUCGCGUCGCUCGUCGCCAAGUACUUCCCGCAGUCCCUGCUCAACAGGAUAAGUGGAUAUUGGCGACGCAAGUUCCCGCCCAAACAGAAGCUCCUAACCAGCGAAGAGUACUACGAGCAAGGUGCGCGGGAGACCAAGAUGGCGCUGGAGAACCUCAGGAAGUAUUGCUCCAGUCCCGACUGCGCGCAGUGGAAGAUCAUGCUCAAGCUGAACGAUUCUAAGAGGUUCGCAAGCUUCGUCGAAGGUGAUUCCCAUUUGAGUGACGAUGAAGUGUUAGACUAUGAAGCGUAUGCCUUCUCCUUGGAACGUGCCAGGAAACCGACUCCGAUGGCCAAUUCCACCAGAAACAUGGAGAUCUCGGAUGAUGAUGACGAUGACACAGAUUAUGAUGAUGAUUGAACUGAUGAUUGACUGAUCUAGUAUAGUUUUAAUGUUUCUGUUUUUGUAAGUAAAGGUAGGUGAGUAUGUUUUCUUAUGUGGGGAUGUUUUCUUAGUAGAUUUUCAAUAUUCAUAAUGUUGGUGUGUGAAAGUGGAAACUAUCGUUUUCUUUUUCUUCUCCUCCAAUAAUGUCUUCUGAUUUAUUUCGUUGCGGGAUCCAAGACAGUCAUUCAUAUCCCUGGGAUGCGCCGGACUUCAGUGUUCCAGUGUUUUCAUGGUUGUAUCUACUGUAGAUCCUGGCUUACAGGAGUUGCAGCGGUAUAGGAGGUUGUGGCGGGCUUGUCCCAAUUCACAAUGUUUAUUGGCUCACAUUAUUGUUUGACGAGGACACACGACAAGCGCAAAGUUGUUCAUGAAUAUAAGUCUCUUUCGUGGUUUGCGACUAGUCGGGUUCCUCGUCAAACAGUUACGUCGGUAAGCCAGUAAACACAGUUUUCCUAAGACCGCAAAAAUUAUGUGGAAUCUCGUUUAAUUUUCUUUAUGUUUACUGUUCCUGUUUCUGUGUAUAUCUAUAGUUUGCUAGGACUAGGAAACAUCCCUAUUUUAUAAAAUAAAAUAUGUUUUUAAAACGUCUAUUUUCUAUCAAUAGGUUCAAUUGUCACAUGUCUGGUUUUGGGGGCAGUUUCAAUAAUAUUUUUGUAUUUUUUUUGCACUUUGCACUUUUCUUGUUUCAUAGUAAUGUAUUGAUUAUUGAAGAAUUGCAAAAAAUAUUGUAUAAUUAUCUUUAUCAUCACAAUGAGACAAUAAAUAUUUGAUGUAUUCUAUUUAAACAGAUUCCUCUCGUAGGAAUAAAAAUAUGUAUUUAAUUUAAUUUAUUAAAAUGUUGUUCUUGACAUUCUUCAAUAUAAAAAUUCUUGAUACUUUUGACUGUUAUCUAAAAUAAUUAAAUAAUUGCCUUGAAAGUUCCUCUGAUAAUGUUGUUGAAGAAAUUAUAUAAUUAUUAAUUGUAAUUAUAUAGCUAAAUUAAUUAAUUAUUAUGUUUUUAUCGCCUUACUCACGUCUCAAUUAUUUGACGAGAAACUCGCCUAGUUUCAAGCCAUACUAGAGGCUCAUAUUCAUGAGCAGCAUUCCGCGACACACGACGCAAUUGUCGUGUCGUCAACGACUUUCAGCCGAAAAACAUAAUAAUUAAUUAAGUAUGUCUCACGAAAGUUAUAUAAAUUGUUAAAAAAACUGAACAAACAAAUAAGCUUAUUUAAAUAUGUAUUAGUACAGUACUUAUAAUUGUUACAUUUUUAUAUUAAACACACCGUAUCUCUAUAGCCGAACAAAUAAAAUAACAUUUACUUGAAAAGCAUUUUUUUGUAAUAUUAUAGAACCGAUUUUAGAAUAUUCACCUUGAGUUCUUUUUGUUUAUUAAUAUUAAAUUAUUUCCAUUAGAUCUCUACCUGGUAUUUCGAAUAAUAAGUUAAUUAACAUAAUAUAAAUAAUAAUCAGUGUUACACUAUAGUAUAACCAUGUGCCACAUAACUCUACAAAGUAAAUAGAGGAGAAAAGAGUUUUCUUACCGAUAGAAUUUCUAUACCUUUUCCGAUAGAUGGGGUUAUUUUUGGUCGUCUCACUAGACUAGACUGUUGUCAUGAAGCAAGUACAAAGAGGAGAUGCCAUAAUGUGAUUGUGCACUGUGAUACAAAAAAAAAACGACCCUGCCCAAUGAUAUAAUAAGUAAAAAGGUAGAUAGAUUAUACCUCAGCGCUUAGAAAGUGGCACAUUAAAAUAUGGACAAUUGGCAACGCUUGUGUAGUAUCGGACCAAUAGAUGGAAAAGAGAGAGGGGCGUGGUUUAUAAUGUCCCGCGCCGUCCCUCCUGUAAAGUACCCUGUCACGCAUUAUGUUAAAGGGUAAUCCAGUUAUGACAUCUCCUUUUUUGCAUUUGCUUUAUGGUUGUUACGCCAUUACAAUAAGAUAGUAGAAGAUACAUUACAUUAAUUAACUAUUACAAUAAUUUAAACUUGAUAAUCUCAUUGUAAAAAUGUGUACAAUUUUAAGGAUCAUUUCACAAGACAUUUAUUAUUGUUUGUCUUCACAUUCACGUGUUUGCGUAGAUAAUUAUUAAAAUAUUGUACACUCAAUAUAAUAAUCGCGCACUAGUUUGCUUAUAACACCAAUGUAAUGUGCUAUAUAGAAUAAUUUUCGAGAAGUGAUCUCUAUUUUGUGUAACUUAUAUUUUUGUGGAUUGUGGGAUAAAGCUACAUUGCUUAUAGUUAUUAAUUUAAUAUUAGAAUCUUGUGUUAGGCUUAUUUUCCUAACAAGUAAAUUAUAAUUUAACCGCCACAUUAUUAGGCAACCAAUUUUCUUCCGAGAAAAAGGUUAUGUUGCCUGGCUCAUUAGUCGAGUUGUCGAAAAUGUGAACCUCUGCCUACCCCUUCGGGGAUAAAAAAGGCGUCACGUUGUGUUGUUGUAAAAAGGUUGUUUUGGUUAGUCUUAUAAAAUAAUCUGAUUUUCUUUUAGUCUAGUUUGAUCUAGUCUGAACAUUUAAUGAUUUGAAUUGUAAUCACAAAGGCAGAGAAAAGCGGUAGCGCUUUUCACGCAUUUGUUUUUAAAGAAAUUUCAAGGGCAGCUUACUACAUACAUGUCUUUCUUUAUAAAAAUAUCCCUGGUUUGUGUACCAAUAUGAUUAAUGACAUACAACAUGUACAAAUCUAUGCAUUACCAAUUCCUUCCAAUAAUACGAAUUUUGAUACAUUUAAUAUGCUAAUAUUUUGUAAUAAAAAACUUAAUAAUAAAUUA